UGACAUCUCGCAUAGUGAACCCCACCUGCACUGUAAGCACCUUGGUCGAAAUGACGUGAAUCAUUCUCUUCGCUGUGUGUGAUUUUGUGAAAUAAACAUCUGGUAAAAACUUUCACAAUUUUUCCGUGCAUUAUCUAAUAUGCUACAGAAGCAAGCCCGUCCAGGGUACAAGAAAUUCAUCAAAACAUCCGCCAAAACGCUGAUCGUCGUCGAAGCGAUACUGUUCGCCGUCUCGUACGCUGGCUGGUACCGAUUGAACACGAAUCGAGAGUUCCGGUACUACGUGAAGGAAAACUAUCCCAGCGUUCUGGAAGCUUACUAUCAGCUGGGCGAAACACUUGGCGGAGACAAAUCGAUCCGUUUGUACGACGACAACAUUUGGCAGCAAGAGCAACAGCAAAAGCAGCAGGCAAAAAAGUAGAACCCGUGCGUCUUGAGCGAUGUAUGUUUGGGUUAAAUCAGUAGUGUACCUAGCAGUCUUCGGCGGACUCGGAUACGGUCUGCUGGAGCUGACCAAACCGAGCGAAGAUAAGAUAAAUCAGCUCCGAUACUCUAGCGUGGAUAGUGACGAAAAGACCAAAAAGGCACUGUUUAUGAAGAAGCUUCAACAAGCGAGCCACGAAGAACCGAUCUAUCUGAAGAAAAGAACCGACUAAGUACUGUGCACGAUGGAGGACAUUAUCGAUAGUGGAGCAUUGAACGGGAAGGAGAAGAUCACGGAAAUACUGAACCGACGGCACAAGGAGCGCGAACUGCACAUACAGGCAGCCAAACUGGAACGGCAGAAGGAUGCCGAAAGUACGGAAGCGUUGCAAUAUUUUGAAAUCUCCUUCGACGAGAAGGUAAAGCUGAUCCGGAACACGCUCGAUACUGUUACCACCAGCGACCAGAAGGCACAGGUGUUUGCCAGCGUCCAGAAUGAGAUUUACGAUCUUCAGCGUUACCUAUCGUCGUCCACGUUCUUUCUGAACGAAUAUUGCAUCAAAGUUUGCCAGAAUACGAUCAACGAGCUGAGCAAACUGCUCGACACGCUGCGAAACGAACUGCUGCCGAAGAAGAAAUUUGGCUUCAAAAGCAAGAAAAUUGUGAAAAUGAUCAACGAGAAGGAUGCCAAAGAGCAGGACGUUAAGCAGACCACGGAAGCGACCGAUUCCUCGUACGAAAAUCACAUCAAGUGGACAUUUUCCGAACGUGCCGGGCAGCUGAUCGAGCUUUCCGCCAGCGUGGUGAAUGAUCAAACCAUUACGGCCUCGAAGCUGAAAAAUUGUCUCAUCCGCAUCGAAGGUCAUCCGGGAUCGUUACAGUUUGCGCAGCUGGACAAUUGUGUGGUGGUGUGUGGCCCAACCGCGAGAUCCAUAUUCCUUGACGAUUGUACCGGGUGUAAGUUUGUCGUGGCAUGCCAACAGCUUCGUUGCCAUCGUUCGCGGGACUGCGACAUGUAUCUGUACGUUACCUCGCGGGCCAUCAUAGAGGAUUGCAAGGGUAUCCGGGUGGCGUGCUACAACCAUCAGUACGAAGGCAUCGAGGAAGACUUCAAGCAGUCGGGCCUUGACUUGUCGUGCAAUAACUGGAACAUACUGGAUGACUUUAACUGGCUUUCGACCGACAAACAAUCACCGAACUGGUCGUUGCUCGACCGGGAGCAAACUAUCGCCGACUGGAAUUCCUUUUUACACAGCUUUCAGCAACUGCACAGUCUCACAACCGUGGACCAUUAAAUAAAAUGCUUACACACUGUUCGGUUCGGUAUUAAGAA